GAGACCUCCCCUCCCCAGUUGGUCCCGCUCCACCAACCCCCCCUCGGUUGCAGUCAUCUUGAACUCGCUCUCUUUCCCCCCACCACCCUCAUCUUCGCUCUUGGUGGUCACUUUCAAUGGACAAUAACAUGGAGAUCGAUACGGCGCGGUCGCCCGAACCUCACCACCUCUCCCCGACCACCGACCCGGGGUCCAUACCCACCCUCGAUGGAUGGAUCGAAAGCUUGAUGACCUGCAAGCAACUAGCGGAGGAAGAUGUCCGGAGGCUUUGUGAUCGGGCAAGAGAGGUUCUGCAGGAUGAGUCGAACGUGCAGCCCGUGAAAUGUCCAGUGACUGUGUGCGGUGAUAUACACGGUCAGUUCCAUGAUCUGAUGGAGCUGUUCCGCAUUGGUGGCCCCAAUCCGGAUACAAACUACCUGUUUAUGGGUGACUACGUCGACCGUGGUUACUACUCUGUAGAGACCGUCACGCUCCUUGUCUGCCUCAAAAUCCGUUACCCCCAGCGUAUCACCAUCCUGCGAGGAAACCACGAGUCGCGCCAGAUCACGCAAGUCUACGGCUUCUACGAUGAGUGCCUGCGCAAGUACGGCAACGCUAACGUGUGGAAAUACUUCACCGACCUUUUCGACUACCUCCCCCUCACCGCACUUAUCGAGAACCAGAUCUUCUGUCUGCACGGCGGUCUGAGUCCGUCGAUCGACACCCUCGACAACAUCCGCUCUCUGGAUCGGAUUCAGGAGGUCCCGCACGAGGGUCCCAUGUGUGACCUUCUGUGGAGUGACCCCGACGACCGAUGCGGCUGGGGUAUCUCUCCCCGUGGUGCUGGAUACACAUUCGGGCAGGAUAUUUCGGAGGCAUUUAAUCACAACAAUGGCUUGACUCUGGUGGCACGGGCGCACCAGCUGGUAAUGGAGGGUUACAACUGGUCCCAGGAUAGAAAUGUGGUCACGAUUUUCUCCGCUCCUAACUACUGCUACCGCUGCGGUAACCAAGCCGCAAUUAUGGAAAUUGACGAGCAUCUGAAAUAUACCUUCUUACAAUUCGAUCCCUGCCCGCGCGCAGGAGAACCCAUGGUCUCGAGGCGCACACCCGACUACUUCCUGUGAUUUGAUUUUUGUGAUAGACAUAACCGGCUCACCUCUGGCAAGUUGAGGUUCUCCGACCCUUCGAAAGGGCUCCAGGGACGUUUGGCAACAGAAAGACACAACCAAGGCGGUCUGGCCUGAAUAAUUGUAUGUCCGUAUUUCUGACCGUGUUGAUACCAAUUCAUGAAAAUAAAAGACGUUCCGAGACUUGCUGUUUUUUCUGUACCGUCAUAAUACAUACAAUGUGCAUUAUGGUUUCUUGUUGCCACCCGGUGGGGUGAUGCCCUGUGUCGCUGCCUGAAAACCGGUAUGCGCCUCAGGUAGACAUACACCACACAUGCAUUAUGAGCUUCGAGCCCAAUAUGACAGACCAACCGUAGUCGACUAUCAUUUUCUACCCAUUU